ACUCUCACAUGGCAUCAUGGGUUUGUAUUAUACACACAAGAGGGCUUCAAUACGACGUUAUGUAUCUGCGUUUUAAUGAUUAUUCCACUUUUUCUCCUAUUUAAUAAAUCCUUCACUUUCCUCCUUUCACAUUUCCUUACACUUUGAGUGAGAGUGCGCUCCAUAAUCAAAAGAAAAAAGGAAAAUUAAAAAAAAAAAUGGCUCGGCAAUUUGUUGUCGCUGUGAUCUGUAUCGUCCUCGUCGCCGGCGUCGGAGGUCAAGCUCCGUCGUCACCACCAACCGCCACACCAGCACCACCAACAACAACUCCGCCACCAGCAGCGACUCCUCCUCCUGUCUCAGCUCCUCCACCAGUCACUACUUCUCCUCCUCCAGCAACCACCGCUCCUCCUCCCGCUACUCCUCCUCCAGUCUCUUCUCCACCACCUGCAUCUCCUCCUCCUCCAGUUGCAUCUCCACCUCCAGCUACUCCUCCUCCAGUCGCAUCUCCUCCUCCUCCAGUCGCAUCUCCUCCUCCUGCUACUCCUCCUCCAGCUCCUCUCGCUUCCCCUCCCGCUCAGGUUCCAGCUCCUGCUCCGACUAAGAAGCCAGAUUCUCCUUCUCCUUCGCCGUCGUCAAGCCCACCUGCUCCGGCGACUGAUGCUCCAGGACCUAGCACCGAUUCUCUCUCUCCGGGACCUUCCACCGAUUCGAAUGACCAGAAUGGAGCUAGCAGGACAGUUUCGAGCUUAGUACUUGGAUCUGUUCUUGUCUGGUUUAUGAUCUAAGUGGAGUUAUUUCGCAUGGUGUUCUUUGCAUUUAUUUUUAUGUCGUCUUUGUUUGUUCCAUUGUAUUACUUUGGGGACUGAAUUCUUUUGGGAUUAUUAUCUUAUGGAGAGGAUACUACUGAGAGUUGAGAUGGGAGAUAUCAGGAUAUUUUGUUUGGAGAUAUUUUUGUGGCUUCUCUUUCUCAUUGUAUUUGAUUAUUAGUGUACUGAAUUCCUUUUCUUCAUUGUCUAUCACAUUUCUUUCGCAUGUUUCUUGAUGACACUAAUUGGUGUUUCAACAAUUUACUAUGAAGAAUCAACUCUGACGAACGUUUCAAAA